AUGGGCAACGCACUGGGGGAUGUGUCGAAUUAUGCCUGCUGCACAACACGGGGGGACGAAGCCGCUGCUUUGCUUGUGAAAAACAGGCACCACUCUUGGCAGGAUGUUCCGGAGACUGAAGAGUUCCAAGUCUUCUUUGACUGCUACGAGACUCGGGAAGAGAUGGUACAGCGCACGUUCUCUGGCGAAUCUGAACAUCGCCCCCGUAGAUGGCCACUGGAGCGCCGGAGCAGUGGAGAAUUGCCCCGCAACCGCCCGCUUUCUUUGGUGCCGGAGGCUGGUUUCCGCACCUUUGCCGAGAGGGCAUCAAUACGCCAGCUGCCGGAACCGACGUUCAGGGAUGACAUGCCGCUUCUUCCAGAAGAUGUCUACGAAGACCUUGUGCCUGUGCUCAAGGAAGAGGUGCUGGAACAGUGGCGGCGUCGCAUGGAGGAGGGCGAUCUCGAUGAGCAGCUUCAGAAACAGCUUCAGGCGGGCUUCCCAGAACUGGAAGAGUGGACUUCACUCUCCACCGUACGGCGGAUGCUGCGAGCAUCCCAGGGAAAUCUGGCACAGGCCACGCCAAUGUUGAUGAAGGCCAUCGAAUGUCGCGUUCGGGAACGAGAACUUUUUCAGUGCAUGCGAUGCAAGGCGGCUUGUGACAUGAGGAUCAUCGGACGGGAUCGACAGAACCGUCCGACGAUUUACAUUAGCGCGCGGAGCCAGACGGAGCCCCUGCGAGCGCUCAUUCCGCAAGUCUUCCUGGCCUUUGAGGCAGCGACGCGGCUUGCCCAGGAGGACGGCCAGGCAAUUCUGGUUGCUGACAUGAUCCAGUUGCAGCCGCAUCUGAACAUGGAUCUUUUCGCGUUUAAAGAUCUAGCCAACAACUUCGGAGUGGUUUUUGCAGAUCGUCUGAACUGCAUCCUCAUCGUGGAUUUUUCGUGGGUUGCGCAGGCUGUCUGGUCCACCCUCAAGCCGUUUCUCAGCGAGCGCACGCAGAGAAAGAUCAACUUCCUCAGCGAGGCAAAGGCCCGGUCCUUCGUCAGCGAGAACUUCUCCGCAGCGACCCGCGACAGGAUCUUCAGCUCCUUCGACAUCAACCGGGAUGAGCUAAGCACGCAAGAGGACAGAUUUGCUCAUGCGCUCCGGACUGCCAUUUGCGACGUGCCACUGGGGGAGCUACGAGCUGCAGACGAGGCCGGGUAA